AUGUCGGGCAACAAAAAGCCCAAGGCGCCCAAGCGGAGUCUGGAGGCCGACAGUGCGUUCACCCGGGCAUUGGGCAGCACCGACUACCACACCCGGGAGGCCGGGCUGCGAGCGCUGCAGACGUUCCUCGCCCGGAAGAGCGACAUUGAGGAGCUUGACCUGCUCAAGCUGUGGAAGGGCAUCUUCUACUGCUUUUGGCACUCGGAUAAGAGCGCAGUGCAGGUGGGCUGGCUGUACUACCAGACCUUUGUGCGCACGAUGCGGCGCGAGUGGGCGGGCAUCGACCACCUGCGCCUGGAUAAGUUCAUGAUGCUCAUCCGCAAGGUGCUGGCGGCCGCGCUGCGCCAGCUGCAGGCACACGGAUGGCAGCAGCGCCGCGUGGCGCGCCUGGGCGACUUCUGGCUGCAGGAGGUGCUGCUGCCGCGGGACACGCUGGUGGCGGUGGGGGUGGCCUACCACCUCACCGACCUGCUGCUGCCGGAGCUGGCGCGGUGCCUGCAAGAGGGCGGCGCCAAAGGCGCGGCGCCCGGCGACGCCACGCUGCGCGUGCUGCUGGAGCCCUUCUGCGCCGCGCUGGCAGCCACCCACCACCCGGCCCUGGUGCACCGCCUCAGGCAGGGCGUGUUUGACCCCCUGGUGGAGGAGGUGCGGCAGGAGGGCGAGGCGGCGGCGCUGCGGGAGCUGGAUGUGGCGGCGCUGGCGGCGCACCUGUUUGAGCUGGGGUCCAAUCCAGAGGCGAGGGCACGCAACCGGGAGGCGCUGUAUGCCGUGAGCGGCGCGCUGGAGCGCGCGGCAGCCAAGCGGCCCCGCACGGAGCGGCAGCCGCCGCAGGCGCCGCAAGCCGUCGCGCCGCCGCAGCGCAAGCCGCAGCACGAGCAGCAGGAGCAGCGGGCGCAGCAGGUGGCCGAGGCGCCGGCGCAGCAGGUGCAGAAGGCUGCCAGCAGCGCCCAGUCGGGCAAGAAGCGGCGGGGGCUGGCGGCGGGGCAGGAGGCAGCCGGGGCUGCUCUGCUGGCGCAGCAGGCGCUGGCGGCGGCGCCAGCCGACCAGGCCGCGGCCCCGGCCGCACCCUCAGCGCCCAGCAGCAGCCAGAAGAAGAGGAAGAAGGCGUCUCGGCUGGGGCUGGCGGAGGCGGCGCAGGGCGAGGCGCCAGCUGCUGCGGUGGCGGCUCCGGCGGCGGCAGCGGGGCGGAGCCAGGAGGAGGCUGCGCCUGCGGGGCGCGGGCGGCGCCAGUCCCGCGCCAUCCCCGCCCGCGAGCAGGAGCUUCUGGCGGCGGCGGUGGCGGCUGUGACGGGCGGCGGCACGCCCGGCGGCGGUGAGGACGGCGGCGAGGGCACCCCCGGCGAGGGCAGCCCCAGCAAGAAGAAAAACGUGCGGUUCAGCCUGCGCCGCAACCUGGUCAACGUCAUCGGCCAGCCGCCCAAGCCGCAGGAUGUGCGCACGCCGCCCACCGCCAAGCCCAAGGGGUCCGCGCUCAAGCGGGACAGCAAGUGGGACGGCCCCGCCGGCGCCGCCGACCGCCUGCUGACGCGUGCGGCACCACGCGUGGCAGCGUGCAUGUCGCGCCGCACCUUGGCCAGCACCGCCAGGUAG